UUCCUCCCCUCCCCUUCUCCUCCUCCUCUUCCUCCGGCGGCUCUAGUUUUGGAUGGGGGACUCCUUAAGGGGUGAAGUUCCGCGGCGUUUUGGGGGGCUCGGAAAUAACAUUUGUAAGCAGUGCCCGCAGUGGAGGUGAGGGCAGGACUCGCCUGGGGGAGCGCCUGCCAGUUGUCUUCGCCGAGGCUGCUAGGGAAGCAGCUUGGGAAGUGAAGUGUUGUUUGAUUUGGGAGAGUAAUAUGGCUGAUCUAAGGGAGUGCUGAACAAUUUGUCUCUCUCCACGCGACACUGGGCUUGGAUUCUAACAUGUAAAUAACUUCUUCCUUCGGGUAAUCGGCUUGGGGCACCGAUGCCUGCUCCUUCAUCCUUCCUACGGGUUUUGUGAAAGGUUACGCGGUUGUGGAUGACGUUGUGCAGAAAAAAUUGAAGGGUGGCCUCGAAGUAGAGGAAAACCUGCAGUGGAGGAUGAAGACAGCAUGGAUGGUUUGGAGGCAGCAGAAACAGAAAACACUGUGGAAACUGAAAUCAAGGAACAAUCUGCAGAGGAGGAUGCCCAAACUGAAGUGCAUGGUGACAAGAAGCUAACGCCAGUUCUUCAGCGCUCAGUGUCUGUGGAAUCUGCAAGCUCCAUUGCCUCUGUUGGUGUUGAAGCAAAAACCAGCAGUGAACAGCUCUGCGCCUUUUGUUACUGUGGGGAACGAAGCUCAUUGGGACAAGGAGAACUUAAGCAGUUUAGCCCAACACCAGGGUUUAUCGCUCCAUGGAGCAACCUGUCUUUAAAUAAGAGUGAAACUGGUGAUAGCAAUGGCGGCAUUUGUGAGAGUACUCCAAGGCAGAAUUCAGUCCUACGCAAAUCAAGAGGACAAAAGAAAGAGAAGUCUCAUCAGAGCAUAACAUCUUGUAGAAGUAUAAGCACUCAAACUACUCCUGAUGAUCAGGUAGUCAAAUUCUGGGAUGAACUCAAAAUGGUUGGCUUACCAGAUGACAUUGAUGUCCAAGCCUUAUUUGAGCCAACAGGUUACUGCUGGGCUCAUAACCGCUGUGCGGAAUGGUCACUUGGAAUUUGCCAGACUGAAGAGCAUCUACCAGUGAGUGUGGACAAAGCUGUUGUCUCAGGGAGCACAAAACGAUGUGCAUAUUGCAAGCACCUUGGAGCCACUAUCAAAUGCUGUGAAGAGAAAUGCACCCAGAUGUACCAUUAUCCAUGUGCUGCUGGAGCAGGCACAUUUCAGGACUUUAAUAAUUUUUCCCUUCUUUGCCCAGACCACAUUGACCAGGCUCCACAAAGAUCAAAAGAAGAAGCAAACUGUGCAGUGUGUGAUAGCCCUGGCGACCUCUUAGAUCAGCUUUUUUGUACUACCUGUGGCCAGCAUUACCAUGGAAUGUGCCUGGAUAUACAAGUGACACCUAUAAAACGGGCAGGUUGGCAGUGUCCUGAUUGCAAAGUGUGCCAGAACUGCAAGCAUUCUGGAGAAGACAACAAGAUGCUUGUGUGUGAUACAUGUGACAAAGGGUAUCAUACUUUUUGUUUACAACCAGUUAUGGACUCUGUACCAACAAAUGGCUGGAAAUGCAAAAACUGCAGGGUAUGUGCAGAAUGUGGCACACGGACCAGUAGUCAGUGGCAUCACAACUGUCUUAUGUGUGAUAGUUGUUACCGUCAGCAAGACAAUUUGCCUUGUCCUUUCUGUGAAAAAUCCUCCAAUCCAGACUUGCAAAAAGACAAGUUGCAUUGUCAUAUGUGCAAAAGGUGGAUUCACAUAGAAUGUGACAAAUUUCCUGAUAACGAACUGGAUACUCACUUAAGAGAAUACACCUGUAGUCUUUGCAAAUACUUAGAAGCAGAAGAGGAACAUGCACAUGCACAGGCAUGUGAUGUGAUGGAUACUGCCCAACUUCUUCCUGAAACUGGUAUAGUUUGUGCAGAUGAAAUGGAAACAGAAGGAGGAGGAGAUGUGGCCAACAAGGACCAACUAGUAAUGGAUAACAGCCUUGCUCAGGAAUCAACGGUAAAGUGUGGCACAGAUGGCUUCUCAUUAAAUGAAAAUAAUGGUGAACUGGAAACAGAGGCUCCUGACCAUUUUGGUAAAAGUGAAAUAGAAACAUCUCCUGAAAAGAUUCCUGCAUCUGAUCUUAAUCAUGCUGAUAAAAAGAUGGAAAUGACAGAAAAUAUUUUGAAUACAAUGCAGCAAGUCUUAAACAAGCAAACUGAGGAAGCAAAAACAUUACAGGAAAGCACUGAGGUAUUUGAAAUGUCUACAGAGGAAUCUCAGCUUCCACCAGAGAUACCUGAGGAUGUAGCAAAGAUAUCUGAAACCUUCAAUUUGGUCAAUAGUGAGAGCAGCUCCUCUAAGAAGGAAGAGCAACUAGAAACAACAAUGGUGUCAGAAGCUACAGAAGGAGAUGAGACUCCUGAAAAUUAUGACACGUCAUCUCUUCCUGCAAAUGAAAGUUGUGCAACUGACAGUUCACCAUUGGAAGAUAAAUCUUUAAAGUCACCAGCUGAAACACAGUCUUUAUUUUCAUCAUCUGUUGAAUUAAACAAGUCCAGUGUGUCUUCCUCACCAGCAGCCUCACUAGAGUUAGGCUCUUCACAUGACACAAUGCGUAGUCAGAUGUCACCACUAGAAUCCUCUAUAACUCUUCCAACAACAUACGUAUCGCUCACUCCAAAAAUUGGAAUGGGAAAACCAGCUAUCACCAAAAGAAAGUUUUCUCCUGGGAGACCGAGGUCAAGACAGGGGGCUUGGAGUAGCCAUAAUACAGUGAGCCCACCUUCCUGGUCCCCAGACAUUUCAGAAGGUCGGGAAACUUUUAAGUCCAGACCGCUACCUGGCAGUGCCAUAUGGAGCAUCAAAGUGGGUCGUGGCUCAGGGUUUCCUGGGAAGCGGAGACCACGUGGUGCAGGCCUUUCUGGAAGAGGUGGACGGGGGAGAUCAAAACUUAAAAAUGGAAUUGGAUCUUAUUUUUCUCCAGGGGUCACAGAUAUGGACAUUUCAUCUAACAAAGAUGAGGAAGAAAACUCAAUGCACAAUACUGUUGUCCUGUUUUCUAGCAGUGACAAGUUUACUUUGCAUCAGGAUAUGUGUGUAGUUUGUGGGAGUUUUGGCCAAGGUGCAGAAGGACGAUUGCUUGCCUGCUCUCAGUGUGGUCAGUGUUACCAUCCAUACUGUGUCAGUAUUAAGAUAACAAAAGUGGUGCUCCACAAAGGUUGGAGAUGUCUGGAAUGCACUGUGUGUGAAGCCUGUGGGAAGGCUACAGAUCCGGGAAGGCUGCUCCUUUGCGAUGAUUGUGAUAUCAGCUAUCACACUUACUGCCUAGAUCCGCCACUGCAGACAGUUCCUAAAGGAGGUUGGAAAUGCAAAUGGUGUGUUUGGUGCAGACAUUGUGGUGCUACGUCUCCUGGUCUUAGAUGUGAAUGGCAAAAUAAUUAUACACAGUGUGCUCCCUGUGCAAGUUUAUCUACCUGCCCGGUCUGCUGUUGCAAUUACAGAGAAGAAGAGCUUAUUCUGCAAUGCAGACAGUGUGACAGAUGGAUGCACACAAUCUGUCAAAACUUAAACACAGACGAGGAAGUGGAAAGCACGGCUGACAGUGGCUUUGACUGUACCAUGUGUCAGCCAUACAUACCACCAGCAAAUGUGCCUUCCUCUGAAUGCUGUGAACCACCAGUUGCCACUCAAAUUAUAACAAAAGCAAAGGAAUUUGUUCAUGCAAAUUUCAUAGACCCACCGAAGACAUACACUCAGGAUGGAGUCUGUCUGACAGAAACAGGGAUGUCUCAGUUACAGAGCCUCAGUGCUGUUGUACCAAGAAGAAAACGGACAAAGCCAAAGCUCAAGUUGAAGAUUAUAAACCAGAAUAGUGUGGCUGUACUCCAGACCCUGCCUGACAUCCAAUCAGAACACUCAAGGGAUGGCGAGAUGGAUGACAGUAGAGAAGGAGAUCUCAUGGACUGUGAGGGAAAAUCUGAUACAAGCCCUGAACGGGAGCCUGCAGAUGAUGAUCCUAAGGGAGUAGAAGGAACUGAGGGGAUUAAAAAAAGAAAGAGAAAACCUUACAGACCUGGCAUUGGUGGAUUUAUGGUACGUCAGCGGAGUCGUACAGGACAGGGAAAAACAAAACGAUCUCUUUCAAGGAAGGACUCCUCUGGCUCUGUAUCUGAGCAGAUACCCAGCAGAGAUGAAAGUUGGAGUGAACAGCUACUAGAUACACCCAUUGAUGAAACUACUCCUGUUUCAGAGAAUACAGAAAAAAUUAAAAAGCGUUACAGGAAGAAGAAAAACAAGCUUGAAGAAAUCUUCCCAGCAUACUUGCAGGAAGCCUUCUUUGGAAAAGACCUUCUAGAUACCAGUAGACAAAGGAAACCAAGUUUAGAUAAUUUAUGUGAAGAGAGCCUUAACAUUUCUUGCAAAGCAAAUUUGAACACAAAUUUCCUAGAUCCAUCUUCAGAUCCACUUCUUAGCUCAACUUCCACUCCAGCUCCAUCAAAAUCUGGAAUACAAGGUACCUCGGAUGACCCAUUAGCUGCCCUUGUGCUGAGCACUGAUGAUGAUAUACUUGGAAUUCUUUCUGAUGAUUUAGUGAAAUCUGGAGAUCAUUCAGGUCUUGAUUUAUGCACUUUCCAGGUUGAGAGCUCAUCCUCCCCUUUUGCUGGACUAGAUAUUGGACCCAUAUCUGAUGAUCCAUCCUCUAUACCUCCACAAAGUGUCAGUCAGAGUUCACGGCCACUGAGUGAAGAACAGUUAGAUAGAAUCCUGAGCCCUGAACUGGACAAGAUGGUCACAGAUGGUGCAAUUCUUGGCAAACUGUACAAGAUUCCAGAGCUGGGAGGAAAGGAUGUUGAAGACCUGUUUACUGCUGUACUGAGCCCUUCAGCUACUCAGUCAACUCCUUUGCCACAACCCCCACCACCCCCACCUCCUCAACUCAUGCAUUUGCAUAAUCAAGGAGAGAAUGCAUUUUCAAGAGUUCCACUUAUAAAUGGCCUGAUUGGACCAAGCCCCCAUCUCCCUCAUACAACUUUGGUUCCGGGAGGAGGAAUAGGCUCCUUUUCUACAAUAGCACAGCCACCAUACACAGACACAAGGGAUAAGAAUACAGCAUUUAAUGCGGUGAUGAAUGAUCCCACCAGUCCUUGGGUUCCGUCUGCUACACCACUGGAUGGUGAAGGUGAUACCAUGUCUAACGCGCAGAGAAGCACUCUUAAGUGGGAAAAGGAAGAAGCACUUGGUGAAAUGGCAACCGUAGCACCUGUUUUGUACACAAAUAUCAAUUUUCCAAAUCUAAAGGAGGAAUUCCCAGAUUGGACUACAAGAGUGAAGCAAAUUGCUAAAUUGUGGAGGAAAGCAAGCUCACAAGAAAGAGCUCCAUAUGUGCAAAAAGCCCGAGAUAAUAGAGCUGCCUUACGGAUCAACAAAGUGCAGAUGUCUAAUGACUCCAUGAAAAGGCAGCAGCAGCAGGAUAGCAUUGAUCCAAGCUCUCGUAUCGACACUGAACUCUUUAAGGACCCAUUAAAGCAGAGGGAAUCAGAGCAUGAGCAAGAGUGGAAAUUUAGACAGCAAAUGCGUCAGAAAAGUAAACAGCAAGCUAAAAUUGAAGCAACUCAGAAACUUGAGCAAGUGAAAAAUGAGCAGCAACAACAGCAGCAAAUGCAACAACAACUUGGGUCACAGCAGCUUUUGAACCAAUCAGGUUCAGACACACCUAGUAGUGGGAUUCAAAGUCCUUUAACCCCUCAGACUGGCAAUGGAAGUAUGUCUCCUGCACAACAGACAUUAUAUACAAAACAGCUUCCUGGUACCCCUACUUCUACACCUUCUGAUGUUUUCUUAAAACCACAGGCCCCACCUCCACCUGCAACACCAAAUAGAAUGCCUGUUCAAGAUGCACAUUGCCAGGCACCAUCACAACAGAUGUUUCCUCCUUGUUCCUCUACCAGACCACCUUCUCCUGUUGACCCUUAUGCAAAAAUGGUGGGAACUCCUAGGCCACCACCUGUUAACCAAAAUCAAAACUUUGUCAGAAUAAAUUCUGUUACAUCAGUAGAUAUCUGUCCACCCCCUUCACCCAUAUCCAGGCCAGCUCAGGCAUCUGAAUCAGCAGGGAGCAGACCAUCACCUGUCAGAGAUUCAUGUUCUUUGUCUCCAGUCAACAGUGACCCUUAUGCAAAAGCUCCAGAUACACCCAGGCCUACAAUGGGAACAGAACCUUUCUCCAAACCUUUGGGGAUAUCAAGAUCACCUUUAAUUGCAGAACAACCAGGGAAAGCAUCUUUAUCAGUGGCAAACAGUGACCCCUUUGCUAAACCACCUCCAAGAACAGAUGCAUUUCAAAGGCCCCGGAUGUCUCCUGCUGACUCAUAUGCACGCCCACCAUUGACUCCCAUUCCUGUUGUUGAGGGAAGUUCUGGCCCAUUUAAAACUCCAAUGCGCCCAACUCAGUCCCCACAAGAUCCGUAUGCUUCAAUGCCACCAACCCCACGGCGUAUGUCUGUGGACCCCUAUGAACGGCCUGUUUUGACACCAAGGCCAGUAGAUAGCUUUUCACACAAUCCAUCUAAUGACCCAUAUAGUCAGCCUCCUCUGACUCCACAUCCAGCAAUAAAAGAGACUUUUGCCCACCCACAAAGAGUAGUGCGAAACCAGGGUGAUUCUUUUUCUCAGUCUGGAACUAUUUCAAGGGCAGUUGCUCAGGACCCCUACGCCCAGCCUCCAGGUACGCCUCGGCCUGUCGCAGACCCCUACGCCCAGCCUCCGGGUACUCCUCGGCCUGUCGCAGACCCCUACGCCCAGCCUCCGGGUACUCCUCGGCCUGUCGCAGACCCCUACGCCCAGCCUCCGGGUACUCCUCGGCCUGUCGCAGACCCCUACGCCCAGCCUCCGGGUACUCCUCGGCCUGUCGCAGACCCCUACGCCCAGCCUCCGGGUACUCCUCGGCCUGUCGCAGACCCCUACGCCCAGCCUCCGGGUACUCCUCGCCCCACUGCUGUUGACCCAUACAUGCAUCAGCCACUCACACCAAGACCUGCACAGACUGGAGACUUAUUUGCUCAGGUUUCAGCUAAUCAAAGGCAUUCUGAUCCAUAUACCCAACCUCCAGGUACACCAAGGCCGGUUAGUAGUGAUCCAUAUUCUCAACCACCAGCAACACCAAGGCCUGGAAUUCCAGAACCUUACAGUAGACCAGCCCUAAUGUCAAAUCGUGAUCCUUAUCUGCAGGCAUCACAGAACAGAACCUUACCUGGGACAUUUGUAAGGCCAUCAGAUCCGUGUUCUCAGCCUCCAAAGCUAUUGGGACCUGCUGUGACAGAUUCUUUUAGCCAUGCUUCAGCAGCACCACCUUGUGAUCCUUAUGAUCAACCUCCAAUGACUCCAAGACCUCAGCCAGAAACUUUUGGAACUGCUCAGCUUCCCCACGAUGUUGCAGAUCAGCCAAGAUCUGGAUCAGAGGGGAACUUGGGUUCAUCUGUAAACUCUUCCAUGAGCAUGCAGGGAAAACAGUUCCCCCAAGCUUCUCCUGGCCCAGUACCAACAGCUGGAGCAACAAAUACACAGACCACAAUGUCUCAGGCAGAUGCAGAAAAAAUAAGACAACGCCAGAAAUUACGUGAGAUUAUUCUGCAGCAGCAGCAACAAAAGAAGAAUGCAAUCCGUCAAGAGAAAAUGCCACAAGAGCCUACCACAGCACCUCAUGCAGGAUCUACUCAACCAUGGCAGCAGCAAGAAAAUCUGAACCAGAUUUUUAACAGGCCUCCUCCUCCGUAUCCUGGGAAUGUUAGGUCAGCCAUUGUCCCUCCUAGUGGACUAAGGUUCACAGGUUUUCCCAUCGAUGGGCAGUUUAAUAGACCCCAAUUUCCAGGAGAUAUGGGUGGAAUGGCAAUGAGACCUCAUGGAAUUAGAUUUGGUUUUUCUGGAGGUGGUCAUGGUCCUACACAAUGUCAAGAACGUUUCCUUGGGCCUCCCCAGCAAAUGCAACGUGCUGGAGUUCCACCACAACUCAGAAGAUCAAUUGACAUGCCUAGACUCCCUAACAAGCCACAAAUGGGCAACCCUAUUGGACUCUCACAGCAUUUCCCACCACAAGGUAUUCAGGUUCAACAGCACAACAUCAUGGGGCAGGCAUUUAUUGAGCUCUGUCACAGAGCACCCGAAGGCAGGCCAAGACUUCCUUUUAAUUCCUCAUCAGCUGUUACGAACACAGUCCCCCAGCAUCAACAACAUACAGGAUUUGUACCUAGACAGGACUGUCAAGGCCCAAGACACCUAGAGCCCACAAGACGUAAUUCUCAAAGCCUAAACAAUCCAUUGCAUGUGGCAACGGGUUUGGAGCAUUUACCGCCAGGUCAGCAAGCUAUAGUGAAUCCCACCCACCCACCUGUAUUAGUCAUGUGUUCUUUAGGUCAUCCACCAGUUAAUGAUGCUUUUUCAGGAGGUUCUUUGCCAACAACAACACCUACUGAGGCAGCAAGUGACUUACAGAUUCCCAACCAACCCACUGAUGGAUUAGAAGAAAAGCUUGAUCCUGAUGACUCCUCUGUAAAAGAUUUAGAUGUCAAGGACCUUGAUGGUGUUGAGGUUAAAGAUUUAGUUGACGAGGACCUUGAAAAUCUAAAUCUAGACCCAGAAGAUGGCAAAGGAGAUGAACUGGACACAUUAGAUAAUCUUGAAACUAAUGAUCGUCACCUUGAUUACCUUCUAAGAUCAGGCGAAUUUGACAUAAUUGCCUACACUGAUCCAGACCUCGAUUUGGGUGACAAAAAAGGUAUGUUUAAUGAAGAGCUAGAUCUUAAUGUCCCCAUAGAUGAAAUACAAGGCAAGGCAGAAGAUACGCAGCAAAAGCAUCAGGAUGAGAAAGCUGCCACUCCUGCAGCAUCGUCUCCUCAGAAAAAAACUGCUGAAGUCAGUGAAAUUAAAACAGAAGUUAUGUCUCCAAACACAUUAGAAGAAACUAAAUCUGAAAGUGAAAAAAGAGAUGUAAGUGUGGCAUCCUCCGGCACUCAGUUUAUUGCUGAAACAGAGUUACAUGAUGAAGAAGCAACAUCUGUGAUGCCCCAUAAUGUGGAAUUACCUGGCAAAACAAAUAUGAAUGAGGAAAUCACUGUGCCCAGCCCAGAUACUGUUCCGGGCCCUGCUCCAACAUCAACUCAAGGUUCUUGCAAUAUCUCUGGAUCCACUCCUGUUCUUACAAGUUUGUUAGCUAAUGAGAAUUCAGAAAACCCUGAUGUCGGGCCUCUGGGCUCUCCGCCUAAUCCACAGCCAGCAGCACAAAUCAAACCUGUUUCAAGUAUGCCACAAACUUUAAUGACAUCUGCUGGUCAAACCAUGGAAAAUACUGUACCUAAUGUGAACAUGGUUCCACAAAUAAGCCAUAACUUCUCACAAGGGACAACGGUAAAUCCAGCCUUUAUUCCUGGCCAGACAGCUAAUAGCUUUGGGGCAGUGCAAGCUGGUAAUCAAACUGUGCCUGCCGUAAAUCGACCCGGCCCCAGUGGUAUGCCUGGGCCACAACCAAUGAUGAUUCCACAAACAUUAGCCCAGCAGCAAAAUCGAGAGAGGCCUCUUCUGCUAGAAGAACAGCCUCUUCUGCUGCAAGAUCUUUUGGAUCAAGAAAGGCAAGAGCAGCAGCAGCAGCGACAGAUGCAAGCCAUGAUUCGCCAGCGUUCAGAGCCAUUUUUCCCCAACAUUGAUUUUGAUGCAAUCACUGAUCCUAUAAUGAAAGCGAAAAUGGUGGCUCUGAAAGGGAUCAAUAAAGUAAUGGCACAGAACAAUAUGGGCAUGCCACAAAUGGUCAUGAACAGAUUUGCCUUUAUGGGUCAAGCAGUGCCGGGAGUACCAAGCGGUGAAAGCCAGAAUCUUGUUCAGCAAGCAAUCACACAGGAUGGAAACCUAACACCGCAGAUGUCUAGGCCUAACCCUCCAAAUUUUGGUCCUGGUUUUGUAAAUGAUUCACACAGAAAGCAAUAUGAAGAAUGGCUACAAGAAACACAGCAGCUUCUUCAGAUGCAACAGAAAUUCCUUGAAGAACAAAUUGGAGCACACAGAAAAUCAAAAAAGGCACUAUCUGCAAAACAGCGCACUGCAAAGAAAGCUGGCCGAGAAUUCCCAGAGGAAGAUGCAGAGCAGCUUAAGCAUGUUACUGAACAGCAGAGUAUGGUUCAAAAACAGCUUGAACAGAUACGAAAGCAACAGAAAGAGCAUGCAGAACUCAUUGAAGAAUAUCGGAUUAAACAGCAACAAUGUGGAAUGGGACCCCAUGCAAUGAUGCCAGGUAUGCCUGCUCAGCCUGCAAUGGUCACAGGAGGAUCUCCACCAGCUGUGGGUCAGCAGAGUUUCCCAAUGGUAUCUCAACAGCUUCAGCAUCAACAGCAUGCCGUAGUUGUUCCUGGACAACCCAAUCCACCCAGAAUGCCAAGUUUGCCUGGAUGGCAACCGCCCAGUGCUGCUUCAGCACACAUCCCACACAAUGUACCAAGGAUGCAACCACCAAUGGCACAGUUGCCAGUGAAUCCUGUUACUCCCACUUCUGUGACAGCUCCUAGCGCAAAUGUGCAGUCAGGGCCGCCACCACGUGUAGAGUUUGAUGACAACAACCCAUUUAGUGAAAGCUUUCAAGAGCGUGAGCGAAAGGAGCGUUUGCGAGAGCAGCAGGAAAGGCAACGAAUUCAGCUUAUGCAGGAGGUGGAUCGGCAGAGAGCUCUGCAGCAGAAAAUGGAAAUGGAGCAGCACAGUACAAUGGGCUCAGAAUUAAAUGCCAGAACUUCUUUGCCUCAAAUACCGUUCUUCAAUUCAGAUCUACCUUGUGAUUUCAUGCGGCCUCCACGGCCUCUUCAGCAAUCUCCACAGCAUCAACAGCAGCAGAUGGGACCCAUUAUGCAGCAAGGACCUCUAAACUCCCCACCACCUUCCAGCUUUCCGCAGUGUAGUGAGCGGCAGCCAGUGGGAUCUUCCUCCUUUGUUCCCGAUCCCCCCCCAAUUCCAGAUGGAAGUCCCCCUUUCCAUUCUGUAAAGCAGCCGCGUGGAAGCUUUUCACAGUACCAGGUUCGGCCUCAGUUUGCCACUGGUCUGCCUGGAGUUUCUCCUGGAACUGGCAGUGGUCCCCCCUGUGGUCAGGACGCCAUGCCCCAUGGAACAAACUUUCCUGGAACAAGUCAGUCUCUCAUCCAGUUGUAUUCUGAUAUCAUUCCAGAGGAGAAGGGCAAAAAGAAAAGAACCAGAAAGAAGAAGAAAGAGGACGAUGCUGAGUCAGUAAAUACCCCAUCAACCCCACAUUCAGAUAUAACUGCACCCCCAACUCCAGUUGUUUCAGAUGCUGUCUCCACCCCAACAGUUAGCACACCUGGUGAACUUCCACGGCAUCCAGGAGAAUCGGAGGCAGAGGAGCUGCCAGGCUCAUCACCUCCAAAUGCUGCAGAGAGUCAGUCUUCCUUAGAACUGAAAAGUCAGCUCUCCAGUACUGAUUUGCCACAAAACAUACUGCCUGAGCAGCCAGGCAUGAACCAGGAGACAGACAAGGACAAGACAGCGGCUUCUAUGAGCAUUCAGGAAAUUAAUCAGGAAAAGACAAGCGCUGAUCAGUGCCCUAGUAAAGCUGAGCCUAAGAUGGAGAAUGAAAAUGGCAUUAAAGUGGAAGAGGAGAAAACUACUGUGCAGCCUUCCCCUUCUUUGCAGAAUCAGGCACAACCUGACAGCAUUCCAGCAGCAAAAGGGGAAUCAGGGAAUGAACUCCUCAAACACUUGCUUAAGAACAAAAAAUCUGCCUCUCUUUUCAAGCAGAAAGCAGAAAGCAGCUUACAGCCAGAGGAGAGUGCUGAGGAGAGCAAAUUCGUGGGGAAACGGGAUCCGAUGGAAGGCAGCAUGCAAUCAUUAGGGAAUCCAUUGCAGGGUACAUUUGGAUGUGGUAACAGCCAGCUUCAGAGAGCAGAUUUAGGACAUGAAAUGAAAAAACAACGAAAUAAACGAACUCAGAGGGCGGGUGAGAAGGCAGCACCUCGAUCUAAGAAGAGAAAAAAAGAGGAAGAGGAAAAGCAUGCUAUUUAUCCUAACACUGAAACAUUUAUGCAGUUAAAACAGCAACUCUCUUUGCUGCCUCUAAUGGAGCCGAUAAUUGGAGUGAGUUUUGCCCACUUUCUUCCUUAUGGCAGUGGCCAUCUGAAUAGUGGAAAUCGCCUUUUGGGAAGCUUUGGUAGUGCAACGCUUGACGGGGUAUCAGAUUACUAUUCUCAGCUAAUCUACAAGCAGAAUAACUUGAGUAACCCACCCACUCCUCCAGCCUCCCUCCCUCCUACGCCUCCACCUGUGACUUGCCAAAAAAUGGUAAAUGGAUUUGCAACCACUGAAGAACUUGCUACAAAGGCUGGAAUGCUUGGAGGGCAUGAUGUUACCAAAGCUCUGGGACCGAAGCAGUUUCAGCUGCCUUUCAGACCACAGGAUGAUCUGUUAGCCAGAGCCAUUGCUCAGGGUCCUAAAAGUGUGGAUGUUCCUGCUUCUCUUCCAACCCCACCUCAUAACAAUCAUGAAGAGCUGAGGGUUCAGGAUCCUUGUGAUGAUAGAGACACUCCUGACAGCUUUGUUCCUUCUUCCUCUCCUGAGAGUGUAAUGGGCAUGGAAAUAAGUAGAUACCCUGAUCUGUCAGCAGUAAAGGAAGAGAUGCCCGAACCUGUUCCAUCCCCCAUCAUUCCAAUUCUACCUGCCAGUACUGGAAAAGGUUCAGAAGAAAAAAGGAAUUAUAUCAAAACAGAGCCUGGUUCUGGUUUCUUUGGCUCUCAGCUUGGUCCUUCUCAAAAUGGUCCAAAAUCUGGCCUUGUGUCCAUAGCAAUUACUUUACAUCCCACAGCUGCAGAGAAUAUUGGCAGUGUGGUGGCUGCAUUUUCCAAUCUUCUGCAUGUCAGAAUUCCAAACAGUUACGAAGUGAGCAGUGCACCAGAUCUGGGAAUUAUGAACUCUCACAGAGCAAAUGUAGCCUUUGAGUACAGGCAGCACUUGUUACUUCACGGUCCUCAGGCAGGCACUGCAGGGCCUCCUGGACUAACGGGGCCUUACGGACUCAAACACCAUAAUAUGCCAUUUCCCCCAAGUGGUAAUGUCUUGGCAGGCUAUAAGGCACACAGUCCACAUGUUGCAGAUGGUUCAGUGUUGAGGUCACAGUGGUGCUCUCAUUGUAAAGUCGUAGUUCUGGGCAGCGGAGUACGGAAAUCUUUCAGUGAUCUACCUUUCCUGAAACAGGAUUCUAGAGAGAAGUCUGAAAGAAUGGAGAAAGACAUUGUCUUCUGUAGCAACAACUGCUUUGUUCUUUAUUCAGCAUCCAUGCAAGCAAAAAAUUCAGAAAGCAAGGAAUCAAUUCCUACCUUGCCACAGUUUCCAUUGAAGGAGGCAGCCCCAAAAGUGUUCCAUCAGUAUAACAACAACAUCUCUACGUUAGAUGUGCACUGCCUCCCUCAGCUACAGGAAAAGAUUUCUCCACCUUCCUCGCCCCUUAUCACCUUCCCUCCUAGUUUUGAAGCAGCCAGAGUCGAGCCAAAACCAGAUGAGCUUAAGGUAACAGUGAAGCUAAAACCCCGCCUGAGAACUAUACCGAAUGGACUGGAUGACUGUCGACCAGUAAGUAAGAAAUGGAAAGGAAUGAAGUGGAAAAAGUGGAACAUACAGAUUGUGAUUCCUAAAGGAACAUUCAAACCUCCUUGUGAUGAGGAGAUAGAUGAAUUCCUCAAAAAGCUGGGCACAACCAUUAAACCUGAUCCAGUGCCGAAGGACUACCGAAAGUGUUGUUUCUGUCAUGAGGAGGGGGAUGGGCUAACAGAUGGACCAGCAAGGCUUCUAAACCUUGACUUAGAUGUUUGGGUCCACUUGAACUGUGCUCUUUGGUCUACUGAGGUCUAUGAGACACAAGCUGGUGCCUUAAUCAACGUGGAGCUCGCCCUGCGAAGGGGCUUGCAAAUGAAAUGCAUGUUCUGUCACAAAAUGGGCGCCACCAGCGGCUGUCACAGGUUAAGGUGCACCAAUAUUUAUCACUUUACCUGCGCCAUUAAAGCACAAUGCAUGUUUUUUAAAGACAAAACUAUGCUUUGCCCUAUGCACAAACCAAAGGGCGCUCACGAGCAAGAACUCAGCUAUUUUGCAGUCUUCAGGCGGGUAUACGUCCAGCGGGAUGAAGUCCGACAAAUUGCCAGCAUAGUCCAACGGGGGGAUCGUGAGCACACCUUCCGGGUGGGGAGCCUCAUCUUCCACACAAUUGGCCAGCUGCUGCCACACCAGAUGCAGGCUUUCCAUUCUUCAAAGGUGCUCUACCCUGUGGGUUACGAGGCCAGCCGGUUGUAUUGGAGCACACGCUAUGCCAACCGCAGAUGUCGCUACCUGUGUUCCAUUGAAGAGAAGGAUGGUCUUCCACUCUUUGUGAUCAGGAUCAUUGAGCAAGGCCAUGAAGACCUGGUUCUUACUGACUCAACCCCUAAAGGUGUUUGGGAUAAAAUCCUAGAGCCUGUUGCUUCAGUAAGGAGGAGUUCUGAAAUGCUUCAGCUAUUCCCUGCAUAUCUAAAGGGUGAAGACCUUUUUGGUUUAACUGUCUCUGCAGUGGCUAGGAUUGCUGAAUCGCUUCCUGGGGUUGAGGCUUGUGAACAUUACACCUUCCGGUAUGGCCGAAACCCCCUCAUGGAACUUCCUCUUGCCAUCAACCCCACAGGCUGCGCCCGCUCUGAGCCAAAAAUGAGCAGCCAUGUCAAGAGGUUUGUGUUAAGGCCUCAUACCUUAAAUAGCACCAGCACUUCAAAGUCAUUUCAGAGCACAGUUACAGGAGAACUGAAUGCACCUUACAGUAAACAGUUUGUUCAUUCAAAGUCCUCUCAGUACCGAAAAAUGAAGACAGAAUGGAAAUCCAACGUCUAUUUGGCACGCUCACGCAUUCAGGGCCUGGGCUUAUAUGCUGCUAGAGACAUUGAAAAGCACACCAUGGUCAUUGAAUAUAUUGGAACCAUCAUCCGCAAUGAGGUAGCCAACAGGAAAGAGAAGCUUUAUGAAUCUCAGAAUCGCGGAGUGUACAUGUUCCGCAUUGACAAUGACCAUGUCAUUGAUGCCACAUUGACAGGAGGUCCUGCAAGGUAUAUUAACCAUUCCUGUGCACCAAACUGUGUGGCUGAGGUGGUAACCUUUGAAAGGGGACAUAAGAUCAUCAUUAGCUCUAACAGGAGAAUCCAGAAGGGAGAAGAGCUCUGUUAUGACUAUAAGUUUGAUUUUGAAGACGACCAGCACAAGAUUCCAUGUCACUGUGGAGCUGUAAACUGCCGAAAAUGGAUGAACUAGAUGCAUUCCUUGCUGUCUCCAGGGGUUGCUUGUCCCAAGAAAGAAGUGAUUUUGAUUUUAUUUUUAUUUUUAUGGGGUGGGUGUGGGUGGGUGUGAAAGCAAUCACUUCUGAAAGUUGUAUUCUACACCAGUGUGAAGCAAGCUGGCAGAAUAUGGAGUUGUUGCCUGAUGUCUGAGGCACACAGAGGUGAAACUGAUCUCCAAACCAGUCCAGCACUUUUGAUUUUAUGAACUCAUAAGGAGAAAUCGUUGAACUUGGGCAGAGAAGCUAUGGCUGAACUGCAAAAGGGCAGUGGGGCAUCAAUGAAUGUAGACUGAAAUCACCAGCGAAAGGGAGACGUCCAAAGUGCUGGCCACAGCCUUACUUAUUAAAGGGGCAGGCCCUCUAAAUACAGAAAAAUAAAUAAAUAAAAGUAGACACCACUGAACAAGGAAUGUACUGAAAUGACUUCCUUAGGGAUAGAGCUAAGGGAAAUAACUUGCACUAAAAUACAUUUAAAAUACUUGAUUCCAUGAGUCAGUUUAUUGUAGUUUUUGAUUUCUGUAAAAUAAGAGAAACUUUUUGUAUUUAUUAUUGAAAUAAGUGAAUGAAGCUAUUUUUAAAAGGAAAAGUUAGAAGCCAAGCUGCUGCUGUUACCUGCAGAACUAACAAACCCUGUUACUUUGUACAAAACUGUAAAUAUUUUGAGGAAUAAAGUACAGUAUAAAAAAAUAGUAAUUGACCAAAUGCUACCAGACUUUGCAGCAGUUCGGGUGCUUAUUAUAAAAUUUUGAUAGGGAUGUUACAAUAUGAUCUCAUGUAUUAAAAAUGCCAUUACAAUUGUUAUGGAAUAACCAAAAUCUCAAUUUAAAGAGAGGUUUUACUUUAUUUUUUUAAUCUUUAAAGCAGGCUCAACUGUGCUCUAUUAAUAACUUUUUAAAGUAACCGUAAAGACUGGUAGAGAGCAUGUAUAUUACAACUAUGACUUUUGUAGAUUUCUGAGGAAAUUUAGACUGAUUUAUUUUAUUUGUAUUAUAUUGUUACAUCCCUAUUUCUUAAAUCAGGUUUUUUUGUGCUUAGAAUUUGUGAUAACUGUGAAUAACUGCUAAAACCACCCAAAAUAGAAGCUGAACAUUGAUUUUCUUUUCCAGAAAAAAGUAGUGGGGAUUACAUGAACUGUUCAGCUUACACUAAAUCAUGUAAUGAAAAUAGAAAUGUGUAGUGAGAGCGUAAGUCUAAUACAAUAGCUGCCUUCUUUAAAAGUAAAAACAAAGAAAAAAUUAGGUGUAAUUGUGCUUUCAGCUGCAGGACUCUGGCAAUAGGGUUUUGGAAAAUGUAAUUUAAAAAAUGUGUUUGUAUGGAUUGUUUUGUUUACAUUUCUUUAAAAAAAAUAAAACACUGUUUGUGUUUGCUUGUAGAAACCUAAUCAACAUUUUGAAGCAGGUUAGUUUUUUAUUUUGUACUUUAAAUUCUGGUACUGACACUUCACAGUCUAAAUAUUAAAAAAAAAUGAAGUUUUUUGUGUGCACAGCGAAAGUGGACUGUAAAACUGUUGAUAUAUUCAGUGCUACAGUUCUGAACUUGUAAUGUAUAUGGCAUGAUGUAUUUUUAUCUUACAGAAUAAAUCAAUUGUAUAUAUUUUUCUCUUGAUAAAUAGCUGUAUGAAAUUUGUUUCUCGAAUAUUUUUCUUCUCUUGUACAAUAUUCCAACAUCCUACCAGUAUUUGUCCUACAGUUUUUUUCUGUUCUGUAUAAUAGUUAUCUAAUGUUGGCAAAAAAUGAAUUUUUGAAGUAUACAGAGUGUUAUGGGCUUUGAAAUUUGUGGAAACAGAUUUAGAAGAUCAGCAUUUACAAAUAAAAUAUUUUACAUCUAUAAA